UCCAGCAUAUCCACACAUUGCGCUUUUACUGCCUCAACUGCCAGCUUCCAUACGUGGCUCAGAAUAGAGACGGGGUUCUCCUGUUUGCUGACAACAUCUCUCACAGCUCUGAAUCUAACGGACAAAAAAAAAAGAAUGAAGGUUACCAUAAUAACACUUUGCCUGGUUGGAGCAGUUUUUGCCAACCCAAUUUCAUAUAAUGUUAUUUUGGAAUCAAGUGAGCUUGAAGCAAACACGACUGGAAGUUUGUCUCUUUCACAAUCAUCUGAAAAUAACACAUCAGAGCUUCAGAGCUCUGAAGAAAAUGCCUCAAAUCAAAGUUCAGAGUCAGAAUCAUUAGAAUCCACAUCAGAGGACAAGACUUCAGAGGAGAGCAACAGCCAGUCAGAUGAGGAUGAUGGGACUGACUCUAUGGCUGAAACCAGAGAUAACAGCAUGGGCAGUGAGGAGAAUGUGCGAAAGAGUUGGGUUCGGGUGUUUGCAAGUGUCACCAAAGUCCUGAGCGCAGAGGACAACAGCAGCACAGAGGUCGAAGGUCAAACAGACCACCUCAGCAAAGAGCUGACAGAGAAACAGCCCAAUCAAACCUCCACCAGCACCAUUUUCAAACAGAAGACCAACACCACUCAAAGCCAAACAAACCUACUGCUGGUGGAGAACAACACCGACAGCAGCGAUACCACCAGUGACAGUGCAGACACCAGUGAGAUGACUGGUGUCACCAGUGACAGCAGCGAGAGCACCAGCAGUGAGAGCAAUGAGAGCAGUGACAGCAGUGACAGCAGUGAUGCCAGCAAGAGCACAGAGGAUAGUAAUGCCAGCGACAGUACGGAGCUGCACCAAAUCAAAACAGAAGACUGUGUGAACGGAACUCAGAGCUGUGAAAGUGAAGAGUAUUUCUUCCAGGCUGUAGGAGAUGACGCCAAUUACUCUGUAGACAAUUUGAUGAUGCCAGAUGAGGACGAAAGGGAGUUAAGUCUAAGGAGAUGAUGACAUGCACAGCUUUGUGUUUCCCACUAUGAACUAUAACACCAUUAAAUUACCUGCCUGAAGACAUCAGGAUGACAGAUUUGCUCUUGCCCAUCGCUUCUGAAUGUUGAUUAUGGCAAUAUAUGUUACCUGCAGCUGUUGAUUCAUGUAUGUGAUUAUUAUUGUGACGAUGAUGUAGCCUAGCAUUUACUUUGUUUUGAUAAUAAUAAACAAAUAAUAUAACCAUUGUAUUGGGAGCUUGCAUGAUUUUAUAUAAUUCGGUAGCAGAGAACAACAUAAAUACAUCUACUGAAAUACUUCUCUUAUUCAAUAUUAAAUUAUUAUUAUUAAAUACUUCUACUUAGCUUGAGUAUUUCCAAUGUACACUUAUUUA